UGCCUUAUAAACUGCAAGAUUAUAUUAAUACAAAUAACAUAAAGACCCAAAUAGGUAAAUAAUUUUUUUCUGGAAGUUGUCACAUAACCACACUUUUAUCUUUCACACAUCCUUCAACCUUCACGAAUCCUGGAGUACAGCGACAUCUACCUAAAGGAAGAUGCGCAUGCUCUAUUUUUGAAUUUCAAAAACGCUUCCUAACCUAACUUUUUGUUGCUUAUUAUUUAUAUUUGUUUUCCUUUUUUAAUUAAUCGUUUACAUUUUAUUUUUUAAUAUUCACCAAUUUGCCUCGAAGCAUGGAUAAUAUAGAUCUGUUAAAUUCAAAUGAUUCAAUUUUCAAUGCUGUUGAUUUCCAAGAGCUCAACGCAAAAGGUGACUGCUACAAACGAAAAAGAAAUCAGCUCUCGACUAAUAACACAGACAAUGUCAAAGAUGUUGUGACAUGCCAAGGAGAAGGUACACCUCAGGGGAAGAAGGUUAAAGUUGUUAAAAGCAAUCCUAAUUUAGCAGUAACAAACCCAAAGAAUGAUGGACCAGAAGAUAUGUUUGAAAAUACUCUAGAUGAUAUUAAUAUUACAAUGAUUGAAAACAAGGAAUUUGACGCAUUUGCAGAUUUUUUGAAAACACCUUCAACUACAUAUGAGGCAAAAUCAGUUCCAGUUAAGAAAGAUGAAUCAUGUGGAGAUAAGGAUAAUACCAUCCUGUCACAGUUUUUCAACACCCAAAUGAUCCAACAAGUAGAUAGUGCUAUAGACUUAGGGUCAUCAGAAAGCUUUGAUCAGAAAGACAUUGAUAAAAACAUCCCUUGCUCUACCAAUAAACAUCUUCCAGUAAAACUGCAUGAUGAAACCACAUCACGUUCAGAAAAAAGUAUUUUGGUAAAAACUCAGCCUACCCAAACGAAAACUCAAAAUAUAGAUCCACUAUUUUUGUCAUUCAAAGAGAGAUUAAAAACCAGAGAUUGGGAUACUAAAAUUUUGCAAAAUUCUGUGCUAUUUGAGGAUGAGAAAGCCACUGUAACCUACAGGAAGGAGGUAGACAAUCUAUUUGAACAGAUAGAACAUUCCAUCUUUGCUAUGGGUGAUGAAAACACAGAAAGUGAAACUGAGGUACCACAUGAACUUCUUGAAGUGAUAUUUAACUCGGAGUUGAAUGAGAAUGAGAAUAUUGAAAAGAGCAUUUUGAAUUGUUCAAACCUCAACUCAAGCUUUGGUAGUCUGAUAAAGAAAGCUCUGAUCAGUAAUGCAAACAAGGCUGGAACAUCAAACAAGACUAAUUCUAGUAUUUUAAAUGCAACUUUAGUUAGUAAGUCAUUUCAGUAUCUCGGAUCUUUCUAUGGGCUGCCAACCAAAGUGAAAGAAUUGAUCAAAGUCUAUAAAGGCAUUGAUGAACUAUAUGAUUGGCAGGAUGAAUGCUUGAAACUACCAGCUAUAGAAAAUAGGAAGAAUUUGAUAUAUGCAUUACCUACCAGUGGUGGAAAAACCCUUGUAGCUGAAAUACUUAUGUUCCGAGAAAUAAUGUGUUAUAAAAGAAAUACUAUUCUUAUACUUCCAUAUGUAUCAAUUGUACAAGAAAAGGUUUGGGCUCUGUCACCUUUUGGCAUUGCACUCGAUUUUUUGGUAGAGGAAUACGCCUCAAGCAAAGGCAACUAUCCUCCGCGAAAAAGGCGGCGAAAAAAUUCUGUAUAUGUGGCUACUAUCGAAAAAGCCUUAGGUAUCAUAAACAGCCUAAUUGAAAAUCAGAGAUUGCAUGAAAUAGGGCUUAUUGUAGUAGACGAGAUGCAUUUGAUUGGAGAGGAAGGCAGAGGAGCUACUUUAGAAGCAUGUCUUACCAAGAUAAUGUUUUUGAAAGCUGAUAUCCAAAUUAUUGGCAUGAGUGCCACAAUAGGCAACCUACCAGAUAUUUGUAAAUUCCUGGAUGCAGAUGUUUAUACCAAAGACUUCAGGCCAGUGGAAUUGGUGGAAUAUGUAAAGUGCGGAAAGGAGAUAUCAAGGAUUAAUUGGAAUUAUUCUGAAGAUGCUAAUUUAUUAGUAGAAGUUAGAAAAAUCGAUUAUAAGGUAUGCAGAUAAUUCAACAUUUUCUCGAAACCGACUUUCUGUAUUUUUACGUGGUCUGUGGCACGUUGCUGACGAGGAUUUUAUUGAUUAAUUCUCAAAGGCAAAUGAGUUUUGAUUCUGUAUGGUCUCGACAUAAUGAAAAUCGAUUUUGUGAAAUACUUUGCUAUUUCCAGUAUUCUGAAUCUUUGCAAAAAAUUGACCCAGACAUGCUGGGCGGCCUAGUCAUGGAUAUCAUCCCGAAAGGUUCCUGUUUGGUUUUUUGCGCUUCCAAGAAGAACUGUGAAAAUGUAACUAAUCUACUCUGCAGGCUAUGCAAGCCGGAGUUGAAGAAUCACAAGAAGGAAGAAAAAGAACAGUUGAUUCAUGCUUUGAAAGACGAAGGUGGCGAAUUAUGUGAUAUUUUAAAGAUAUCAGUGCAAUAUGGGAUAGCAUAUCAUCAUUCAGGGUUGACAAGUGACGAAAGAAGAAUAAUAGAAGAAGGUUUCAAAAGUGGUGUGAUUUAUGUGAUCUGUUGCACAUCUACCUUAGCAGCUGGAGUGAACUUACCAGCGAGAAGGGUUAUUCUUAGAUCUCCAUACAUAGGAAAGGAUUUCAUCAAUCUGUCUCGUUACAAGCAAAUGGUCGGAAGAGCUGGUAGAGCAGGACUAGGAGAAAUAGGUGACAGCAUUUUGAUAUCUCAACCUCAAGAUUUACCCAAAGUCAGGGAGUUGUUGAUGUCUCCGAUGAAUCAGGCAGUAUCCGGGAUGCAUAUGUUUGAGGGAAAAGGGCUUAGACAUCUUUUGCUGAGUUGUAUCAGUUUGGGAAUAGCUAACACACGACCGCAACUCCAAGAAGUAGCCAAAUAUACGUUAUUAGCUGUACAAAAUGACAGACUUGAAGUGAAUAUAAAGAAGCUCGUAGACAGCGUUAUUAAGAACUUGUUUAAAUUAGGAGCAUUGAAAGAAUCUUGUGGUAAAAUAAAGGAGAAGGUGGAUCCACUUGGGAAUGUUUCUGUUAAAAUGGAUACGUCAACAAUGAAUGAUUCUGUGCAAGAGUCGACUCCAAGCAAAAUGAAAAAAGUAGUUGUUUUGUCAAAUAGCUCAAAACUUGUAGUUAGUGAGCUAGGCUGUGCUGCAAUUAAAGGUGGCUUGGAACUUUCUAGGGCCCAUUUGCUGUAUGAAGAUCUCAGCGACGCUCAAUCGUGCCUCGUACUACAAGGACAUUUGCACUUGUUAUACCUUGUAACACCCUACGAAACUGCGGAUCAGAUAAAACCAAAUAUGCAAGUUUAUUACGAAGUUCUUACAAGACUGAAACCGAACGAACGUAAAGUUGCUAAAACGUUAGGCAUGACGGAAUCGGUGACUGUGAAAAUGCUGUCAAAUAACCCUAUAAAAAAUGUACCUGAAAGAGUGAUAAAUAGAUUUUAUGUCACGCUCAUGCUUUAUGAUCUCUGGAAUGAAAUGCCAGUGUUUCAAGUAUCGGAGAAAUAUCAGAUUAGUAGAGGGAUAGUUCAAAAUUUGAUGACGAUAUCUGCAACGUUUGCGACGAAUGUAGUGAAUUUCUGUGAAGAGUUGGAAGAAUUCUGGCCAUAUGCUUACCUUCUAAGAGGGAUGGGUCAGAGAUUGUCUCACUGUUGUGUUAGAGAAUUGCUUCCUCUCAUGGACUUACCCGCUGUUAAACAGGGAAUCUGCUGUGGAUAUCAAGAAAUCGUCAAUCAUAAGCAUUUCACAGGUUAAUAUGUUGUAAGCAUAAGAUUCGAAACCGCACUAAGCUUUUCUGAAUUGCCCAAUUGCUACUAAAGUAUACAGAAUGUAGAGUGUGAAACGUAUACGAGUCGUGCCAAGCAACUGUACAAUGCUGGAUAUAAAACGUUGCAGAGCAUCGCGAAAGCGAGUGCUGCGGAUUUGGUAGAGAGUAUUGAAUUCAUGUCUAGCAGAGUUGCCAACCAAUUGAUAGCCGCAUCAAAGAUGCUGCUUUUGGAAAAAGUUGAGAAUUUGCGGGAGGAAGCCCAAGAUGUGUUAGAUGGAGUCGAGAAUCAUGAUACAUUGGCAAAUCAAACCAAAAGAUUAUAGUUGUUAGUUUAAUUAUUUAUUCAGUAUUAUGUUCAGAAAUAUUCUGGAAAGAGCGUCUUUUUAAAAGUGUGCAGCGAUAAGCGCGUGUUUGUUUCAGGAUUAUUGUUGUGAACUUUGUUUUUAUUUUUUCUUACCCUUAAAACUAUAGCGUUCCUAUUUAAUAUUACGGCUCCAUGGCUUAUCUGAAGAUGUUGAUUUUACCAAUGAUCUCGUAAAUACCAUCAAAUUUAAAAGAAUAUAAAUAUUAAAUAUAUUUUUAUUUUUGUAA